CGGGUGCAAUCGGGCCGCGCGUCUUUUCGAGCGCCUUCUCAGAAUUGCAGGCCUCAUGGGCAGCAAGUUUGUCAUGCUGAUGAUUUCGAUGGUAUGUUUGCAUUCUUGUCUUUCCGUAAAUGCGAAGACUGUCUGCGGCAGGCGGCGCGCCGCACCUGCGGUCCAGCAGGCGAAGCGGGACACCCCAGAGAGAAUCGCCGCGGACGAGGACGCGCGCAGCCUCACCUCCACCAUGCAGGACAUGAUCCCGCCGUGGAACCUGCAGGAGGCGGCGAAGAACCGCGCGCAGGCACUCGCUGACUGGAUGACCUGGUGCGUCCCCUACGUCACGGCCGAGAUCCAGACGCACCCAGAGAUCUACGGACCACUCGCCAACAGCCCGGGAGAAAUCAAGAGGCUUGCGGAAGAGAUCUGCGCCCGGGCACAUCGCCGCAAGCUGCACGAGGUGGCGCGUGCGCACCGGCGACAGGCGAAGCGGGAUCUUGCAGCGCGUGCUGGAAAGGGCAGUGCCGCCCAGGGCACCAGAGCUCAUGCAUCCUGGCUGACGACCCGCAGCAGUGGGCCAAUGUCAUGCUGACGAGGACGCACGCAAUUUUUGUCCGAAUGCCGCUGCGACCUGACCACAGCACCGCACCAGAGGAUUUAUUGACCAAGCAUGGCCGCAAGGAUUGCUUGAGUGAGUUUGAGAG